CUACAGUUAAUUACUUCACUGGAUGUUCUAAAUCAGCGUUCUAGUUAUUCCAUGGACACAUCUGUUUGAUAGUUAUAUAGAGUGUAUAAGUGAAACAGAUGGAUGUACACAAUUAAAAGCUGUUUACAUUUUGUGAUUCUGCGAAAAAAAAGGGGGGGGGGGCUGUGUUCAAUAUUUGAGUAGGAGAAGGAAUGUGAACAAAUCAUUUGAGUUGAACAUCGAAAUAUGACUUUAUUGUCUAUGUGCUCGUGGUAUUUGGGUUGAACAUCUCAGUGUGACUUUAUGUGCUCGUGGUGUUUGGGUUGAACAUCUCAGUGUGACUUUAUGUGCUCGUGGUGUUUGGGUUGAACAUCUCAGUGUGACUUUAUGUGCUCGUGGUGUUUGGGUUGAACAUCUCAGUGUGACUUUAUGUGCUCGUGGUAUUUGGGUUGAACAUCUCAGUGUGACUUUAUGUGCUCGUGGUAUUUGGGUUGAACAUCUCAGUGUGACUUUAUGUGCUCGUGGUGUUUGGGUUGAACAUCUCAGUGUGACUUUAUGUGCUCGUGGUGUUUGGGUUGAACAUCUCAGUGUGACUUUAUGUGCUCGUGGUGUUUGGGUUGAACAUCUCAGUGUGACUUUAUGUACUCGUGGUAUUUGGGUUGAACAUCUCAGUGUGACUUUAUGUGCUCGUGGUAUUUGGGUUGAACAUCUCAGUGUGACUUUAUGUGCUCGUGGUGUUUGGGUUGAACAUCGCCGUGUGACUUUAUGUGCUCGUGGUGUUUGGGUUGAACAUCUCAGUGUGACUUUAUGUGCUCGUGGUGUUUGGGUUGAACAUCUCAGUGUGACUUUAUGUGCUCGUGGUGUUUGGGUUGAACAUCUCAGUGUGACUUUAUGUGCUCGUGGUAUUUGGGUUGAACAUCUCAGUGUGACUUUAUGUGCUCGUGGUAUUUGGGUUGAACAUCUCAGUGUGACUUUAUGUGCUCGUGGUGUUUGGGUUGAACAUCGCCGUGUGACUUUAUGUGCUCGUGGUGUUUGGGUUUGCACCUUUGUUUACAAAAGUUUACAUGAGAUCAUUGAACACGUUUUGGCUGACACACCCAUUCUCGGAUCAAGUUGAAAUUUUACACAAUUAUUUAUUGGCAAAGACCAUACAUGAAUCAAUUGUAAAGAAUUAACCAAUUAGUUAAUAAAUUACUGAUGUUCACAGUUGAAGAGAAUCUAGAUCUGUAAUCCUAGUCGAAACCUCCCGCAGGGGAUGGCAGCAGGAUUGUUUACAUUUGAAGGUCAGCAGUCUUCUUUCAAUGGAUAUAGAUGUAUUGACUACAUGAGCUGUUCCUACCUGCUAGAAUAGGAAAGUGCGCAAGAGAAAAGACGAUCAAUAACAUUAACUCAUUUUACAGUACGGAUUAUGUCAACAGUUGUCUGCCUUGAUUGUUCCAUUGCCAGAUAGAAACUAGCAGUGCUGUUAUUCAUCUAAGACCUGUUAGUGUGGAUUGGAAGAGGAGAGCAGAGCUUUGAAGUUUGUUCAAAACUUUGUUUACAAUUGUGUGUAAUUAUGGGAUAGUACAGUGUAUUCUGCAUAUUUAAAAACAUCCUUGGCAAGGCAUUGGAGCAACCAUGAUGAGACUGCUAAUACUAACCCUGUGUUUCCAUCUCGGUGUGGGAACUAUCUCAUGGCCUUUGCCCUACGGAGUCCUAGCAUCGGAUAGUCAAAUAGAUUCCAGUGACCUGGCUGUUGUUAGUUUCAGUCCAAGCUUUCCUUUUUACGGCAAUACAUACAACAGUGUAACAAUUCAGAAAGAUGGCUUUCUGGUGUUUGGCACUAGCACUAAGAAAGUUUACUCUGACUUGGCUAAUGUGAACAAUGUUCUACUUCCAUCUCUUGGUGUUUGGGUUUCUGACAUUCAAGCUGGCAAAGUCUUCUACAGGUUGAGUACCGAUGUCACGUUACUAAAUGGGUUGGCACUAAUGAGCAGAAGGUUCUCCGACUUUUCAGCCACUUUUACACCAAGAUACGCAUUGAUAGUUACUUGGUUUGAAGUUGGAACUGCUCACUACAGCUUUGAAGGAGAUUUCAAGACCAACACGUUCCAAGUGGUUCUUACAACUGACGGUACCCAGAGCGGAGUCAUUAUGUUCUUCGAUACCAUUGAAUGGGUUGUUUUCGAAGAUAUCACCAACUAUGCUGCCUACACGGACAUUGAAAGUUUCCCACCCGAGAUAACAAUAAGCACAAAGGUUGGCUUCUUUAAAGGAGAUGGGGCCACUAAGGUACUUUUUCCACUGUCAAUGACAAAAUUUUUAAAGAGAAUCACUUUAGACUCCAAUGUUGGUGAAGCUGGUGUAUAUGUACUCAGGAUAGACUCGUCACCAGUAAACGUUACGUUUGCCCCAACCACCCUCAGCCCAGUCACAGUGGAAACAACCACAACAAACCAGGCAUCUUAUCAACGUGUCUUUCUAACAUUGACAUUCUUAGGGACUCUCUUUGUUAUUCUAGCCAGAAGCAAAUUGACUGACUUUUAAUAUCAGAAAGAAGCAUGUUUAUAACUUAGUUGGACUAGAAACAAGCGAAUGCACUGAAUUGUUUUAAUCAAAACAAGCAAAUAUAUAACUUAAAACAAAUGUAGGCCUAUAUCUUUGCAAUACUAAAAACAUCCAUAUGUACUUCUUUAUUACACCAUUAUGGAGCAUAUAUGGUAUGCGUAAACUUUUGUGUGCAUGUUACUUCUACAUUUUGAUACUAUAUUAUGACUAGGGCCGGAUUUAUCUAUGUGGAGGCCCUUACACUUUUUUUCGAAAGGUUUAAUAAAAAUCCACAUAUUGAUUAAAAAAAUAAACUAAUAUCUAAAAUCUUGCCAUAUUAUAAAAGAAAGUACUUGUAAAUUAAAUUUAAUUUUGCUUUGUUUAAAAAAUAUAUAAUUAUUUAAAUUGCAUAUUUUAGUUUAAACAAUAUAAAUAUUAGGGGGGUAUGCAAUGUAUUUGGUUUAUCCAUAGUAGGCCUAGAUGACAAGAAUACGAGCACACGAGAAGCGGACACUUUUUUAAUUAACCACGACAGAGUUGCCAACUGUAAGAUUGAAAGAAUUGUUAAUAAAAAUGCGGGGAAAAAAUGUCAAAGGGAAACUCCGAUGGUUUUGACAAUUUUUUUAUAUAAUGUGUUUUGAUUUACAGAUAAUGAAUGUAUUGUAUGUAUGUAUGUAAUGUAUGUAUUCUUUUUUUUUUAAGUUGCAAUAAUAACUUAGUAAUUGGUGUUUUUUCUGGUGUAAUUUUCCUGCACAUUCAAAACGAUCAGAUUUUCACCGGGUUUCUAUGUGACGUCACAACAACCUAUUUAAUCUAUGGACUUAUUGUAUAACGAAGACCAUACAGUAAAGUUUACAUUCUCAUCUAUGCAGUUAGAUCUAUAUCUAGUAAGCAAAGAAAAAAUGCGUAUUAAAAGUAAAUUUACAUGCUUGACUAACCACGGCAGUGUGUAUAUUCUCGCCUGACCACAGAAUAUACAACAAACACUAUCGCUUGGUUGUCUUGUCAUGACCGACUACACGUAGUCUAGAUUAGUCUUACACUGACCAGUUUGUUAGAAUCAGUCAGACACAUGAUCUAUUUACUUUUUAGGACAGGGAGAGGUUUAGAUGAAAAUGUUACUUUUGUUCUCGAGUUGGUUAUCCUAAUGCUUUUAGAUCUCUCUCUCUAUAUAUAACUGUACCAUAGUUCUGGACUAAGCCGUCACUAAGCAUAAGAGCCUAACAGCUAGUGUAAGAAUGAAGCGAUACGAUUGGUUAAAUCUAGUUUCUCUUUCAGUAUUGUUGAGGGAAGUGACGUUUGACUGAGCUAAAAACAAAAUCUCAAAGAACCCCGUUUUUUUGUUGAGAUGUCAAGAAUUUACUGACUAAAUUAUUAAAUAUGAAUGUUUCUAAGCAUUUAAAUACAAAAUGGUAAAAUGUUUACUUUUACAACUUUUCACGCAGAAUUUAAAUAGGCCUAUGUCAAUAACUCAAAUUGGAAAAACCAUCGGAGUUUCCCUUUAAAACAGUGGUUCUCAACCUUUUAGGCUCGGCGACCCCUUUUUACAACCCCCCCCAUUCUGCCGCGACCCCCCCCCCCUCCGCAUACACACACAGCAAUAGAAGAAUGGACAAAAACAAUUCAUUUUUUCGAUGGUCUUAGGCGACCCCUGGCAAAUCGUCAAUCGACCCCCAAAGGGGUCGUGAUCACAGGUUGAGAACCCCUGCUUUAAAUGAAAAUAAAAACGUAGUUUCAUAUCUGUCGAAAUAUUUUUUCUCUUUUAUGGAGACCCCUGGACUGUAGCCUCGCCUGCCCUCUCUUAAAUACGCCCCUGAUUAUAACGCUCUAUAUUUUGGUAAAAUGUCGGCAGAUUCCUUCCAAUAUUGUGUGUUAGGUGUGUGUGUGGGGGGGGGAAUUCCCGAAGAAAUAAGGAACUCUAGAAGACCAUACUUGUGUUAUGUGAGUAAGAUUUUGAACUUCUGAAUGAAGUGUGCAACUAUUGACCUUACUAGACCUGCUAUUAGAGUUCGGUUCUGAACAGAGAGAAACAACAAUAGUACUUCUAGCCUUUGGCCUCGGUGAUUGAACUAGUCUGUUGAACCACUAAGGCACUACAAGUAACAACUGCUGACCAGUUCCUUUCAUUACUGUUGUUCGACAAUCCUUUAUCAAAGUAGGCUAUCCCCCGGUCGGAGAUGGCUCCUCCAUUAAGUCUUCCUGUUUUACUGUACCUCGCAAGACGUGGUUGUCACGUUCUGAGUGGUCCGAGAUUUUCUUUGGACUAAAUACAUGUGGUCAUAAGGUCCUCUUGAAUAAAACUAAAGAAUUGUUUCUUUUCUGUAACGUACUUUUUUUUAUAUACAUGGGAUGAAGUCACUGAAAGCAUUGUUUUGUCGUUUCUUUAAGAUUUCACUUAUAUGGUAUUUUAUCGACCUAUUUCUCUUUAAAGUGAAAAUAACUAAACAUUUUUGUAUGUAAUACCUGAACCUCUUAUAGCAAUGGUUUGUAGUAUAUACUGUAAACUGUGUUACUUACAGUGUAGAGAAUAUGUAGCAUUGUUUGACAAGGAUGGGUGUGAACUCGUAACGACCAGGUAAAUGGCUACAUCAAACUAUAGUCUGGAGCUUUGUUGGCCCUAUGUUAACGUAUACAACAAGCGUUUAUAUAGCAAAGGUUGAAUGAGUCAUUGAUGUGACAUAGCAUGGAGGAGGGUUAUACUUUCAGGUAACAUGUAUAUACAUAUAGGUACCCCGUGUUUCUAUAUGUGUGAUGGGCUUUAUUUGUUUUAAACGAUCCGCUUUUGUGUUGUUUUUUUAACCAUUAGUGUGUGAUGUCAUGCUGUGGCCUGUCACGUUCCUAUCUCAUAGUAGAAAUAAAAAGUGUCAAUAUUA